GGCGGCGACCGCGGCUUGGUCGCCGGAGGACAGAGCUUGGGAGUUGCUGCUGGCCAUUGCUGGGGCCCAUGCCGAGCCCGGUGUGGCUGGUCGCUCAGACUUGCGGCGCCUCGCAGCUGAGGCCAAACGGCUCUUGGCCGAAUUCCCCAUUGAGGAAACCGAGUCUUCCACCAGAGAGGCGACCGAGGUCGCCUCGAUGGUGUGGAUGUCGAGCUGUUGGAAGAACCUGAAGGCCGUUCUGUCGGCCCUCUGGGGCUUCCUCUGUUUUGUGAUGACAUUCUGCCAAGACAUCAUCACAGUUUUAGCACCUCUGACCUGCAGAGAUAGAGUAGCUGCUGCAUUGGGCCAAGAGCCUGCAGAGGAUACUUCGAGAGCAUCCGGUGUUGAGCGGCCACAGGCCAAGCAGAAAUCUCAACAAGGAAGGGUGACCCCACAGGCAGGGCCAACCUCGGGCUUUGAAGGGAAGACAAGCCUGGUAUAGCCUGGCCAAUGGGAUCCAUGAGGAGGAGGAGGAGUCCGCGCAGAGGUGUUGCAUCGCCUAGCGGAGCCAAAA